GCUAUUUUUGAAAUCCUAACUAACAGCAGAAAUUCAUUUUUUAAUUCCUUCGCGUUGCCGUCCUGACUGCUUAAGAUCUCUUGCGUGAGCCUGAGUCAUAACUAAAACCACUCUGUAGUUUUUUGUUUGUUUGAUUGUUUUCUUUUUUUGUCUGUUUGUUUGCUUUUUUAUUUGUUAUUUAAAAAGAGAAAGAAAAGAAUGGAAGUUCGGAGUAUCUCUCCUUGUGUUAUUAGUGUUAUAUAGGUUUUGUGGUUGCUGUUCAUGAUCAUGUCCUAUGCUUUAAGCAUGUAUGAACAAAAUAACUCAGUACCUCUCCCCAACCCCGUAAAUGCCGGUGACGAUAUCUUUCAGUAGUGAGUACGGUGACAAGAUGAUACAACUAAAGAUACGACUAGACCGUUGUGGCAGCAUUUUUCGAAGAUUUUGUUAAGCGUUUGGUUUAUUGACGAGCAAGUAACGUUCGGUAGUUGUAGUGGCGGUGAAAUUUAGCGAUUGCGAGUUAAGAAUUGUUGUUUUGGUGGUUUGCGCGUUACGUUUGCCGCCAUGUUGGUGGACGUAAACAAUAGAUAACUCAUUAGCUCCUUUUGUUCGUCCACCAGCAGUUGUUACUUUCACCAUUGUUACCUGUGUCUCUAAAGAUUGAUUGCAAACCACCUAUUUGUAAGACAUGCCGGGAAGAUGACACGAACUUCAAAAGUUGUGAAUAUACUGAAAGUUCGAACUUAAUCGUAAGAACGGCGCCGAAAUGACUACCCAUGUUGGUUUGUACGGCAAAUGAGGUUUGAGCGCAGACGAAUUCAAGAUCCUAGCGGGUGAACCAACAUUAUCAGUGAUGUAUUUUUGGAAUUAAAUAGACGGACUUAUUGAAACCAGCUAAAGAUGAAAACAUCAUAAACAGAGCAAAAAUAUUUGCAGUAAACUGCACUUCAAAAAUUUCAGCUCCAAAGCAAAGUUGGCUGCUCUUUGUAGGUGUUUCACCAUGAUUACACUUCUGCCAUUUCUUUUCCCGAUUUUACUUCAUGAAUGCUGUGCGACUGGAAACGUCUCUGCAGCGUUAAAUAAUCAAACCUGUUGGACCGAAUGCACGAAAACAUGUGGUGGUGGAAUGCAAGUCACGUGUUUAAAUAACACGGCUGUAACGAGAGCCUGCAAUACAAGGCGCUGUCCAGGUGAUCCCGAGUGGACGAAAUGCACUUUGUCUUGCGGUGGAGGGAUGCAGAAGAACAUGGAUAACAGCAGUAUUAUACGAACGUGCAAUACCAUGCCAUGUCCCGGAGAUGCGGGAUGCUUGUCUGCUUACCUUAGCUUUGAACAUGUUUAUAAUCACAUCGUCUACGACGAGUCACAUAAUGGCAACGCUGGAACAAUGCAUGGUUGCGCACGCAUCGUAAGUAACGGUAAAUUUGGCAAAGGACUGCAACUGAGUGAAGAUGGAAAUGUCACAUUUGAUGUAGAAAAAUUUAGUAAUCGACCAACGGACGCUAUUACUAUAUCUUUGUGGCUUAAUUUAUCGCAAGUCAAUGGUUCUCACGAACUCUUUUUCACAUGCGGGACUCCCGAGCUCUACAACAUGGGAGAUUAUCAUUUUGCAAUCGACGAUGGGAAAGUCCGUUGGCUUGAGGAACUCCCUGGAGGUGGAACGCGUUUCAAAGUUUCUUCAAAUGCUACAAUUAAGAGCGGCUCGUGGUAUCACAUUACAGGGACCUACAGACAUACCACAGGGAGGGCACGACUGUACAUUAAUGGACUCCUGUCAAAUGAAGCGCAACUCCUGACGAUUUCAAAACGGUCCGUGGUGCCAAACCUAAGUAAUACUACGCAUGCUCAAUGGAAGUGUGCCAAUCUAGGCAGUUCAAAGAAAGACAAGCCUUUACAAGGCAUCAUGGAUGAAUUUCGGAUCUUUAAAUGCGAGCUUUUACCACAAGAAAUCAUGGAUUUGUAUAGUAAGAAUACUGUCAAGAAAUUUCGAAUUCCAGCAGCAAAAUCAACGUUAGUAGAACGACCUCUGUGGAGAAAAGAACCAUUUUUCUCCAAUGGAUGAUAGAAAGGAGACCGAUAUUGGUAACUUAAGGGAAGCUAAGACAUAUGAAGCUGGUCUAGUGAAAGUUCCCAAUAUCCUCUAUGAAGAUGAAGGUUUUUACCUUGUUAUUAGUGAGACUUAUAUCUGAAGUAAACGAGCCUUCUCGAUGAUGAUCAGUUUAUUAAUCUCAUCGAUGAACGAGUCUUAACACCCAAGAAUACCGCAAUAAUACAAUAAGAGGGAGAAAACUAACGGGCUAAUACAUAGGAACGAAAAUCAACUUACGUAAUAUAGUGAUGAACGAGGCAACAAGUUGGAUAUAGAUUGCUAAAGGCUGUAAUAGCUAGCAUUCGUAAAUAAACUGAAGCAACAUGUCCGACCAGUGAAUACUCGACCUCAGUGAACUGGUCAGCGGUUGUACUGGGAGUGUUCUUCCAGUUAGCGGUAUCUCUGCAAUAUCUAUGUAGGUAUGUAUUAUUUACUCUAAAAUAUCAUUUUAACUAUGACAAAAAGACCUCUAUGCAUAAAAAAAGUUUGUAAAAAAUCGAUCACUGAGCAGUUGUAUCGUCUAUUACUGUGCCAGCUGUUGCCAUUUUUCUUCGGACAUCUUAUUUACAACUCUACAGACGUUUAAAUUUAACGUAGAGUUUUUCAACCUCGUUCCCUGGAUCUCUCAUCCUCCCGCCCCCUCUCCUCGCUCGCUCCAGGGGGCUGGAAGAUGAGAGAUCCUGGGAACGAGGUUGAGAUUUUUUAAGUCCAACUUGAUUGGUGACAUUGUGAAGAAAGAUCGGAAAUACACUAAAACAAGGAAUACCGGAACGAUGAGACAGCACAGAGUAUUAAAAAAAUAACAUUAAUGAAAGACAAGAAAAUUAUAUAAUAAAAUGUGUACAAAAUAAUAUUCG